CCAACCCGUGCGAGCCGUAGUGAGAAAGUGACUACUCGACCAGCAAUAGCCAACAUUAAGCUUGUACAGUAGUAAGUAAAUUGAUCUAGUCCCCUCCAUGACCAAUGACCCGUUCUCUUUCUCCGGCACCCGCCCUUAGGAGUCUGCUAGCCAAGUACGUGCCCCGUUGUUUCCUGCUCCUACUUACUUAUAUAUAAACUCGUACGCGUAACGCAAGAUCUUUGCACCACCUCGUCGCACGAAAUUCUCAGCGCAAUUUCAUGCACGUCCUUGCACCGCACUCAGCCGGUCCUCCGUUUGCACCGCUACUCGCCGGCCGUCGUGAAGGCAAAGGCAUCGCGACCCUGCACGGUGACCAGCUGGGAGGGAUGGACGACGUGGUGUCGCAGAUCGGCGAGGCUUUCCGGCUCGCCGGGGAGCUCAUGGGCGACCUCCCGACGGCGACCCAGAACGACCCGGCCUACCUCGCCGCGCGCUGCUACGGCAUUGCCCGCGCCUACAACACGGCCAUCCGCAUGCUGCAGCACUACGGCGCCGGCGCCGUGCCCGCACAGCGGCCGCUGGACCUCCUGCGCCCGCGCGGCACGGAGGAAGCUGCAGCCGGCGCCGCCAGCCAGGUUCUCGGGGAAGCCGCGACGACGACGCAUCUGCAGGAGCCAUUCCAGACGCCGGCCGUUGCGCGAGCGCCACCGCACGCGGUGGCGGACGUCGCGGGCACGUCCGGCGGCCCGGUGAGGAGGCUGGCGUCGUCGAGGUCCCCGCCGCCGGCGCAGCCACGCCAGGGCAGGAGGAGGAGGGACAGCGGGCACAGGGAGACGAUGCUGGUGCCGGCGCACCGUGUGGGCAACACCGAGAUUCCACCGGACGACGGCUACACGUGGCGCAAGUACGGCCAGAAGGACAUCCUCGGCUCCAGGUUCCCCAGGAGCUACUACCGUUGCACCCACAAGAACUACUACGGGUGCGACGCCAAGAAGAAGGUGCAGCGCCUGGACGACGACCCCUUCAUGUACGAGGUCACGUACUGCGGCAGCCACAGCUGCCUCACCUCCACCACCCCUCUGCUCAACUUCCCCACCGCCACCGCCACCGCUACCAACUCUCCGACCGCCGCGACAGGCUCAUCCGGCCUCGCCCGUGCAGACCAAUUCAUGGCACCGGCCGAGCAGGUGGCCGUGUCGACAUCGAUGCACCUCGGCGUCGGCUGGAUGCCGGUAAGCUUCCAGGGAGUUGUGGCGGGGUCCGGCGCUGGCCGGGGAAGCGGCGCCGACAUGCUGACCAACGUGUCCACCGCAGCGAGGGACACAGAUUACCCGGCCCUGGACCUCGCCGACGUCAUGUUCAACUCCGGCGGUGGUACGGGCAUCGGCAUGGACGGCAUCUUCUCUUCUCAUCAUCGAAGUGAUGGCUAGAAGGACGGCCAUAUGCAAGGGAGGCUCUGGAUUAUCCGUUGCUCAUCGUUACCUUGAUUUAUGUACACAUAGUUUUUUGUCCUAAUGAUUUAUUUACGCAUAGUUGUAGCCUGUGUUAGACUAAUUAGAUAUUUUUGAUGAAGUUUAUUCAGAUAUAAAAUUACUUUACAGC